AAACUAGAGGCUACCCUGAAGGGUGACCUGCUGAAGUGCCAGAAGUGGCUGGAGGUGUACCUAGAGGCAGAGAAGCAGAUGAAGAUGUUCAAGAGCUGCCUGACCACGCAGGAGAUAUUCAGCCAGCAGAAGAACACCUGCCAGGGGCUGUCCUACUGCCGCAUCCCUAUCCCUGACUUCUGCGCUCCCAAGGAGCAGGACUUUGACCGGUUGCUGGAGGCCAUGAAGAGCGCCCUGGCCGAGGACUCACAUGCAGCCUUCGUGUUCAACUGCUCCAGCGGCCGGGGCAGGACCACCACAGCCAUGGUCAUCGCUGUUCUCACCCUCUGGCACUUCAACGGAAUCCCUGAGAUGAGCGAGGAGGAAAUUGUGAGCGUGCCUGAUGCCAAGUACACCAAAGGGGAGUUUGAGGUGGUGAUGAAGGUGGUCCAGCUCCUGCCCGAUGGUCACCGGUUGAAGAAGGAGGUGGACAUGGCCCUGGACACAGUCAGCGAGACCAUGACGCCCAUGCACUACCACCUCCGAGAAAUCAUCAUCUGCACCUACCGGCAG